AUGCCUUCCAUUAUUAUUUUUAAUUUAAUUAAAUUAUUGGUCGUUUCCCAAAACGGCCGAGCUUUGCAUAUAGUGUUCCCUCAUCAGUUCCUCGAUUCUCCAGAAUGGUUCGGCGUGCCAACAGACGAAUUUUUCCAGGUGUCAAUAACGGCCAUGGAAGAAUCACGCGUUUUAAUUUGGCACCGGGAUAAAUUAAAAUUAAGCAUAAUAACAGACCAAUUUUUACAAGCCGUAUUCGAUCACAUUCUAGGAAGAGACGUUGUUAAAAAAUUAAUGCAGUUUGAACCUUUUCAAAGGAAAAACUAUUCGUUGUAA